AGUGUUCUAGAAGUCAUGUAAUAGUCUGAAUUCUAGAACUGGAUUCUAAAUCUACUGUGUUGCUGCAUCUGCUGCAUUCACUAUCAGAUCGCUUUACGAAGAAGACUAAGAAGACUUUUAGUGAGAAGUAAAUCAACCAAAACUAUGAACUACCACUCCUACAGAAACCAACUCUGCGACGCCAUCAUCGAGGUUGAAGGCACUCAUUUCCAUGCGCACAAAUCAGUGCUCUGUGAAUUGAGCCCGUAUUUCAGCGCUCUGUUUGAGAGGUGGAGCAGCCCAGGCCAGUUCAUGUACACCGUCCCUGGCGUGACUCCGAAAAUAAUGAAGUCCAUCAUCCAGUACGGUUACUCACAGCGCAUAAGAAUCACGCGAAAGAACGUGAAGGCUCUCUUGGAUGCAGCCGAUUACCUGCUGAUGGACAACAUUGUUCACCUCUGCUGCCAGUUUCUGGUGAAGCGACUCUGCUCAAAGAACUGCACUGAAAUGUUGCGGCUUGCUAAUGCGCACUCCUGGCACGAGCUGCAUGAUCGGGCGUCUCUCAUGGUGAAGCAGAGCCAGAUAUACUGCCAGCUACGCUCCAAGUCGCCUGGCGUGGGUGACCUUUCUGGCAGAAGACGUCAAACACCGUACACACUGCGUCACUCGAGUAUUAACGGAGCCUGGAACUUUCAUCCAACUCGGAUCACACACACAUAUACACACACAAUUUUUUUUCUAUUUCUUCUUUCUCUUCUUCUUGUUGCUGUAAUAAACACGCAUCUUAAUUAUUAAAUAUAUACAGUAUAUUGUAUUGUAAGAGGUUGUGGUGUGAUGUGGCACUGAACCUUGCUUCCUAUCUACUCAGCAUCUCACUACCAGUGCGAAAGAUGAUAGAAAAAGAGAGAGGAAAAAAUGUAAAUGCAUGACAGGAAGCAAGGUUCAAGUGUGCCACAUCGGCCAUUACCUUUUGGCUCAUCCUCAAAACUCCUCUCUCGCAAUUUAGGCCUACGCAAUUCACACCUCCACCUGCUACAAUAGAUUUAUUAUAUACACAUACUGUAGGCUGAGUGGCUUAGUGAGUUCGCAUGUUCUCCCUCUGCUUUGGGGGUUUCCUCCGGGUACUCCAAAGACAUGCGUCGUAGGCCGACUGACAUCUCUGUAUUGUCUCCUGCCCCGAGUUGUAUCCCGAGUUCCCUGGGAUAGGUCCCAGGCUCCCACACGACCCUGUGUACGAUAAGCGUCGCAAAAAAAUGGAUUGAUGGAUGAGCAUAUCUAUUAAUGUACACUAUUAUUACACUGUAUAUAUCUAAU